AGUUCUCUGCUUCGAUCGAAUUCUACAGCUCUCUCUCUCUCUCACAUUUCGUGAAAGUCCAUCUCUGCUAGCUUUUCUCACUCGACCUCAAUUCAUCCCCACCGAAUCGUCUCUCUUCCUAAGAUCUUUACCUUCCGUUCGAAAGAUCUCUCUCAAUCGAGGUAAGUAUCGUUAAAAUCGGUGAUCCGACACUCCGAAUCGAGGAUACGGAGAAAUCGGAGGCCGAAUUGCGGAUCCGUGUCGAGAAGCUGAGGCAGAACGUUGAGGAGCGGGAUGAGAUGAUCCGGUUCAUGUCGAGGAAGGCGGAUGAUGAGGAGGAUGUGAAGGAAGCAGAGAUCCGUGGGCACGGAUCGAAGAGCAGGGCCACGUUUGGCAGGAAUGUGAAGAAGGCGGCGAUUUAGGGGAGUAUUGCACGGAUUUUUCAAGGAUUGGGAGAAUUAGGGUUUCACAGGGGUUGGAUCCAGUCCCUGAGGCUUGUUUCAUGGAGAGGAUUAUGGAAAGGAAUUCUGCUGAAGCAGACGGGAUGACAGUUUUUUACAGGCAGAGGAAUGACUUUGGGAGGGAUUUCUUGCCAUCAGCUUAUGUUGCUUGGAUGGAACGGUCGAGUGAAUGGCAGCAGGCACAUCAGAUUGUUUUUUCAUUGGCAUUUGGUCCAUGCAGGAGUCCUUUGACUCAUCGAAGCCAGUCACAUCUGCAGAUGUACAACAGAUUUUUGAAAACCUUGCCAAGAAGCGCCAAUGGACAGAUUACUGAUGGCCGCUAUCUUGGAGCGACAUUGGACCGGAAUGGAUUGCGCCCCAGUUGCUUUUGCAUCACACUCAUAGUGGACAUGUGAUCAUGGUCAGUGAGGUUGGUGUUGUUGACAUCUUGCCAGAAGAUGUGGCUAGGAAAGGAAGACAUUUGAUCGGUCCAGAAGGGGACCUUACUGAAACAGUUCAUGUGGAAGGCUAGGAAAGGAAGACAUUUGUAGUUUGUUUUGAAAACUUUAAAUAGACCAUUAAUUGUUUUGUUGAUAUUGUGCUGAUUGUUGUCUUGAUGAAUGUUAAAUGGGUGAAAUAUGCAUAGGUUCAAUCA